GUGAUUCUGCGAUUGAUUUGUGUGUGAGAAUUUUUAAAGAUGUGAAUACUAGAUGCGUGAGUGUUCGCCGAUAUGAGUCAGCCAUGCGGCGGCACGCCACCCCCUGCUGGUGUACCGUUAGGAUGCCCAUGGGCUGGUGUAGCACCCUUAAGUCCAUUGUGUAUUACUGAUGCUGGCCAUGAAAUUGUCCGACCAAAACCAAGAAGACCUUCUGGUACCUUACGAAAUGAAAUAUCACCGCACACAUCAACCGAAUGUAACAAUCCAUGUAACUCAAAUAGUUCACCAAGUUACACAAAACAAUUAUCGAGCUACCAUCAUAAUUUACAACAAAAUACCUCCUCAACAGUGAGCACACCACCAUCCGGGCGGGUUCAUACACCCGCCAAUCUAACACAAAUCCAAUCACCACUAUUAUGUACACCUGAAACAAUCAACAUUGAUCUAAGUCCAACAUCUUCGUCGACAGCCCAUAAUCAUAGUCUAAAUGACAAACAAAAUAUUACGCAAACUUCUUCAACGACAAACGAUGCAAAUGUUGUUACCAACAAUGAUGUGGGUGGUGCAACAGAUAUACCUGACGGUCUGGUUUCAUUGAAUCAACGAUCUGGUGGUGCAAGUGAUUCCACAUCAGUCGUUGGCUUACAGAAACAAACAAGAAGCAAUAUUGUUAUGGAACCAGAACGAGAUUUAACACCGAGUAAAAUGUCCUCAGUUGCACAUACAAGUGCAAUAGCAACGUUGAAUCGUAUACCAUCAUCGAUACCAGAACGAACACCUGCUUCGAAUGGGCCUAGACCGCAUCAUCAUUUAAGUGUGCAAGAAUUAAGAUUACAGCACCGCGUUCGUGAAUGUAACAGUUCAUCAGAUGACAAUCGAUCUUCUGGCCAUGCAAGCAUGUCUGACACAGGUCACAGUUCACCACGUGGUGCGUCACAGCGAUCAAAUCGUACAGGGAGAACUGGAGCUCAAGCUCACGGACAAAGAGCACGACAUCGGGCAACUCCUGCCAAGUUUCAUGCAGGAGGUGCUCCUUGGGCCGGAGCUGGAGGUGGAUGUGGUUUAGAUGAUAUACGACGAGCAAUUCAGCAAUUAAGUCUACGUUCACAUACAAGCACUAGUAGCACCCAUUCUAGUGCUGGUAGUGAUGGUUCAGAGCGUCCACAUGCUGGAAAUGCUGUACAUCGUCUAGUAAGACAUUCAUCGUUGGAAACAAUUAAUACAAACGUAACGUCUGCUGAUGAGUUUGUCUGGGUUGAUUCUCAUAAUCGACUUGUUGAGUUACAACAUUUACCAUGGACUCAACAAUGUGUGCAAAGAGUUUUAAGAUCAGGUCGAUGUCGUGAACAUUUACAUCGUAUUAGUUCGGAAGCAAUACCACGACUUAGUUAUUUAUUACAACGUGCUUUAAUACGUGUAGGUCGAGAAAUUCAACGAUUAUCAUCUGCCACAGGACUUUGUUCAAAACACGAAGUGGCUUCAGCUUUCAAAAUUGUUUUAUGUCCACCAUUAGCUGAUUCCUGCAUUAAGGCAUGUUUACGAGCAGCAACAAUGUUUGCAGUAUCAGGUGAUUGUGUGCUUCGACAAAGUAAAUCUUCCCGUGCUGGCUUGCAAUUGCCAGUUGGUAGAUUUCACAGAUGGAUGGCAGAUGUCCGUUUAGGAAAAUUUAUUCAUGAAUAUGCAGCUGUAUAUUUAUGUGCUGGCAUGGAAAACCUUUUAGAAGAAAUAUUAAUGCAAUGUUUACCAAGUGACUUAGAGGUUAAUCUAACAGCUACAAUUCUAGAACAUGGAAUUGCGAAUAAUGGUGAUUUGUGGGGAUUACUUCAACCAUAUGCUCAUUUGAAUGCUGGACGAAUUGCUACUGGUGUGCUAGCAAUGCCAAGAUGGGCAUCUGCUUCAAGUCUCGGAUCUGGUUCAGGUAGGGAUUCUGGACGUGGUUCAGGUCCUUCUGAGCCAUCUUUACUGACAACUUGCGUUGGAAGUUUAGUUGAACUACAAGAAUUAGUUGCAAGACUUCGGCCAAGAAUCCCAUUAAGUCGAGCUGCAAUUCAAACAUUAUUUUAUUUUAUGAGAUGUUCUCAAUUGGAACAUGCCGAACAAGGUACACCAGGAACUAUUCAAGAACUUUGUUAUGAGAGAGCUUAUGUUGUAUUACCGCCAUUAGUUGAAUGGUUACGUGUAGCAGCAGCUUUUGGAGAACAUCGUCAAGCUAAUUCGUUAGAUCGUGACGAUGUAUUACAGGCAGCGCGAUUAUUGUUACCUGGUGUUGAUUGCCCACCUCGUCCUAUUCUUUACCCCGAAGAAUUAGGAUCGACGACUGAAUUAGCUUUUAGAUUUUUACUAGGGGGGAAUAUUCAACAAGCAUUAACAUUACUCCCAGCAACGACUAGGCUGGAUACUGUAAAUAGUAACGGAUAUACUGGUCUUAUGCUAGCUGCAAUUCAAGAUGAUGUACAAAUUGUUACUCAACUUCUUGAUGCUGGAGCAAAUCCCGAUAUUGAAACACCCGGUCCUUCAGAGAAUCAACAUUGGACAGCAUUAACAUAUACAGCAUCACUUGGACAUUGCAGAACUGCAAGAUUACUUUUAGAACGUGGUGCUUGUGUUGAAGGUGGUGCUCGAUUGAGUGAGGAACGUUGUACUUUAACCCCACUUCAAGUAGCUAGUGGAAGUGGCUGCUUAGAAAUGGUUUCUUUACUUUUAUCACAUGGUGCACAUGCAUUUCUAUCAACUUUACAACGCGAUUCAAUGUGUUAUUCAGGAUCUGCACAACGCGGUUGUUACACAGCAAUAUCCGUAGCAGCUGCGCAUGGUAAGCGAGCAAUUCUACGGCGCUUAGUAGCGCAACCACCAUCUCCACCACGUGGUGAUGUACUCUCAUUAGAAGAAAUGUUAGCUGAAGGUUCGUCAAAUACAGAACGUACAGCCGAACCAAGUAAACCACAGUUAAGGGCUUUACAAGAAGCUAUGUGCCAUGGAACGGAAGCAGAUCAUUUAGAUGUGGCUUUAGAAUUAAGAGCACUUGGUGUAUCAUGGACAUUACAUUGUUGGAUGCAUGCAUUAAGUGUCGCUUUGCAACAACGUUUAGAUUGUGUUAUUGAUCAAUUAUUACAAGAUUUUCUACAAGUGUGUCCGGAUGAUUACAGUUCCCAAUUUGUUCAAGAGUGUUUACCAUUAUUGUUUAACAUUUUUAGGUAUAGCAAAAAAGAGGGUACAAUAUUGCUUCUCGCUGAUAUAUUUUGUACAUGUUUUGGUUGGGAAGCAAUUAAACCCAUACACGAUCCUGCACCAUGUCCAGUAUCGGGUUCACGAAUUGAUCCAAAAUUUGUAAAUAAUCCUGAACUAAGUGAUGUUACCUUCCGUGUUGAAGGACGUGUAUUUUAUGGUCACAAAAUUGUCUUGGUUACUGCAUCACCACGAUUACGUGCAAUGCUUAGUUCAAAACUAUGUGAAGGUAGCCCACCAGUCGUUCAAAUAAAUGAUAUACGAUAUCAUAUCUUCCAGAUUGUAAUGCAAUUUUUAUAUCAAGGUGGUUGUCAAGCUUUAGAGCCAGCACCAGGAGAUAUUUUAGAAUUAAUGGCGGCUGCAAAUUUCUUCCAAUUGGAUGGAUUACUUCGAUAUUGUGAGGCCCGAUGUGCGGCUAUGCUUGACUUGGAUAAUGUUGUUUCAAUGUAUAUACAUGCUAAAGUUUAUAAUGCUCAACAAUUAUUAGAAUACUGCCAAGGAUUUUUAUUACAAAAUAUGGUCGCUUUAUUAACGUACGACGAUUCUGUAAAACGUUUACUAUUUUCCAAAAAAUUACCCAAUCAUGAUGUUCUUGCCGGCUUGCUUACAACAUUACAAACACGAAUCAAGGCUCGUUCUUCUGCUAAACCUGCUUCAACUACACAUUUAAGAUAAUAAUAUUAGAGCUUACCUGCCCCUUUCCUCCCACAAUAAUAUAUUCCAAUUUAUAUAAUUCGCAGUUAAAAUCAACCAAAUGGUGUCUGUUUUCUAAUUUCAAAUUGUAAUUUGUAAUUUUAUAGACAGAUUAAUUAA